AUGCCAUCAUUACGGUCUCGAGAUUCGGAGUCGCCGGACUCUUCUCGAGCUUCUUCUUCAUGCUCCUUCAGAUCAGACGUGGACACGGAUGAGCUCCGAAAAAAGUGGAAUCUGCCGCGAAGUCGGUCCAGAAGUCGUUCCUUGACCCGCGAAGAGAUCGACGACAUCAUCAACAGUGAUUUUCAGACCGACUACACCUACGCGGACAGUAUUUCGUACAGAAAAGAUGGGACGGUCGACUACAUCCACCCGCGAAUGCAUCGACCUCGAAUGCGCUUUGGUGCCUACAACGGAGACAACUUCAACAACUCCAGAUUCCGAUUACAGUCGACCAAGCCGGUUUACAUAUGGGGAGAGAGGCCAUCGACCGCGUCGAAGGCUUUCAAAUGGAUCUACAACUUGUUCUUGGCCCUGUUGAAGUUAUUUAUGUAUGCAGCUGGAGUUGUAUGGUUCUGCAUCAAGAAAGCGUUCAAGUAUGUGUCGACAGUGCUGUUUCCAACAAUUUUUGCGCCAUUCUACGCGCUUGUGGCAAGUUUCCACACCGGAAAACGGGUAUGUUAUUCAUGAGUUAUUCAUGUAAUUUCUUUCAGAAAAUCUUUUUUUAUAGUAUUUCAUUGGUUUAAUAAUUAUUUUCAGACCUAUCGGGCUGUGAGAUUCGCUCAUCAGGAUGGAUUAUUGAAGCGAACUUGGGAUUUCCUCAAAGGUCUCGUUUUCUCAGUGGUCUCUGCGGCCGCAAAAUUCUUGAAAAAGAAAGACCCAGUCGGUUACAGGUAGCUUUUUUUUGAUUUGAUAUGCUUUUCCGAGGUUUUUGGCCAAGUAGGAUUUAUUUUUCUUUCAGUCCGCCUCCAGUAUCUCCAAUCCAAUCGCUUUAUUCUCCCCGUCUCAGCCGCCGAACCAUCCAUUCCCAAGCCACGCCCCCUGUCAACAUCUCCACUCCCCGCGGAUACGGCGAUGUUUCCUAUGUGUAUGAGAAACAGCCUGUUGGCAUCUUCGAGUCGAUCAAGAAUUUCGCCAAAUUGGUCUUUGAUUACAUUGCACUUGCUGCGUAUGUUGUCUCCGGAUGGACUUUGGGUCGUUUCCAUGAGGAUCAAGGCCAGUUGAAGAGACGAGGACGUCCCCCGAAGAAGGUUGGAAUUUGGCAGAAAGCUAAGGACUUGGCCAGAAGCGCUUGGGCAAAAAUUUUGGAGAUUUUGGCUUUCAUUGGAGCUGUUGUUGUGAGAUUGGUGACUGGAGAAAAGGAACAUAUCCCCGGAGAAGAUAAAUUGAAAAGGUUAGAGAUUUGAGAUUAGCGAUUUUUGUAGAAAUUUGGUUGUCUUUGAUGUUCGAAAAAUAUAAUUCUUAUCCUAUUUUAGAAAGAGUAUCUACUCCCCAAAUAGAUCCCGAUCCCCCGCCAAAACUCGCCGUCAAACCCUUGCCGGACUCCAGGAAGCCGAUGAAGAACCAGUGGAACAACCCAGCAAACUCAAACAGGUCCUCUCGACCUACUUCUGGCUGUAUUAUGGAGGGCUGGCCUUGGAUCUGCUCAAAAAAUUGUUCUGGGGAAAUGAAACUGAACCAUCCUUGGUUCGAAAAGGAUUCAACGGCGUUGUGGAGAACGUUGAAGACAGAAAGAACUGGCUCCCAGUGCUGUUCCUGCUCCUUCUACUAAUUCCCAUCGGAUUUUACACCUACGAUAAUGUCAAGAAUAAAAAUAGAGGUGAGAUUUUGAUUUUGUGAAUGUAGAAUUGAUAAAAAUUGGUUAACUAGGUGUUAAUAUUCGAUUUUCAGAUGUGAUCACCGCCCUCCGUCAAGACACCGCCGAUUUUGCCGAGGCUUUCGAAUAUUAUUUGCCUCCUCUGCCAACAUUCCCGUCCAUCCAAGACCUCAAAAAACGUUCUGUUGACUCGGUUUCGGCCACUGGAGCAUACCUUAAAAAUGGAUGGAGCUCAGCGGCAGGUUAUGCAUCGGAGACGGCCAAAAAAGCAAAGGAUUCCACGUUGAAUGCGGGGAAGUUUGUCCAAGGAUCGGGAGAAAAUGCCUUCCAUUCGCUGUAUAAUGGCAUCCAUGGAGCUGGCGCUUAUGUUUUUGGCUCUGCAUAUAAUGGUGGAGCUUUUAUUGCGUCAUCGAUCUACAACGCCCAUUUGUACGCGUAUGGCGCGCUGAAAGAUUUGGCCUGGUACUCACAGAAAGGCAUCGUCGAUGGAGUGCAUUGGACGGCGAAUAAAGGUGGGUUUUGGCAUUUUUGGUGAUGGAAUUUGUCGUAUAAUUGGCAGAGGAGACCUUCCAGGUCUUUGUGCCCUCAUAUGUACUUUUAUUUUCGCCUUGUAUGACGAUAAAGUAACAGGCUUUCCCUCUAAUUUCCUAUAGUUAUGUUCAUUUCUCUUCCAGUGUACUCUGUGUUUGCCUGGAUCCCUCGAUCUGUCAGCAAAUCCUCCGGCUUUCUCACCGAUUCUAGCAAGUCUAUCGCCGCAAAAUCUCUGGAUUUGGCAAAAAAUGUGAAGCAUACAGGAGCGAAUGGCGUUUACUACAUCUAUGACAAUGGCAAGUCGGCUGUUAUCCACGGAUAUAACGGAGUUUCGAACGGAAUCUACCAUGUCUAUGAUGCCACUAAAAAUGGAGGAAUUUUUGUCUACGACGGAGCUGCGAAUAUUGUCUAUGGAGGAUACAAUGGACUGAAGAAUGGACUUGGAAAAGGCUAUGAAGGAAUUGGAAAUGGAUUUGGAUAUACAUACGGAGCUGUGAAGAAUGCUACAAGCUAUGCAUAUAACGGCUUUUUGGAUGUGCUGACUUGGUACUUUGAGAAAUGCGGGCAGAUCCUCCGACAAGCCUUCCAAAUCGUCAAACAAAUCCUGAUUCGCAUCCUGGAAUUUGUCCUGUUCUUGCUCGCCCAGCCUUCGAGAGUCUACAGAUCCGUCGUUGAUGCCACCCCAAACAUCACAUUUUCACUUCCCGAGUCACCGAUCAGACUUCGCGAAAUCGGAGCCAAGAUACAGAAUAAAUUUGGAGAACUGGAAUGGCCUCACCCCACGAUUGGAGAAUGGAAAUGGUCCAAAUUGGAGUGGAUUGGAUGGCCUCAGCCAACGGAAUGGAGAGUUUAUAGAUACCUCGCAGAGAGUAGACCAUCCUUGCCAAGCUGGAUUUACCCAAAGAAGCCAGAGUUUUCAUGGCCGGCAGCUUUGACCUUCUCCUUCCCGGAGAUUAGAAGACCAACCUUUCCGAAGUUCUCCCUGCCUGAAAUAAGCUUCCCAGAAGUUCAUCUACCCAAAAUUAGUGUACCGCAAGUCAGUCUUCCAAAGAUGCCACAGCUCCCAAAGGUCGAUACUUCUAGGAUUUAUCAAGGUAAGGGGUUUUUGAUGUUGUAGUAGGGUCAAAAAUUUUUUUGUUUUUUUAAUUUUUUUCAAAUUUUCCUUUCUUUUUGUGGGAUUUGAGAAUAACGUGACUUUUUCAGCCACUGAAGACAAGGUUUACCAAUCCUUCGACGCCGUCCGCAACGUGGUCUCCAAUAUUACCAACUUUUUCUCCAACGCUGCCAACAAAGGUGAAUCGAAGCCCGUUUUUUGAGCUUUUUGCGCUUGCUUCAGCUUUUUAAUAAUCUCAAAAUUGCUAUAAUAACCUUUCUCACUUUAGUUCAUGCUUGAAAUUUAUGUUUUUGAAGUUUUACGUUUAAAUUUUUUCUUUCGAAUUUUUUUGUUUUUUCAAAUUUUUUUUCGUAUUUUUUGAUGUCGCAAUAAAUGUUUUGUCCGUUUUAGUCCUCGACUCAUUCAAAUCCCUCCUAAAUCUGGCCGCAAAUUCAAUCAUUGCUCUGUGGCAUUGGAUUUUGUACAUCUUCCACCUCCCCGUCGAUCUUGUCUGGUACGUCUACGAUCUCAUACCGACGAAAAAACCGCAAGUCUAUCAAGAAGUGACGGACGGUCAGUUCGGCGACAAUCAUCCCCUGGUUUUGAAGCUUAGAGUUAUGAUGGAAAGUCUGCUAAAGGCCGAACAAGAGAAUCUGGAAAAGAAAUUCAACGCUCUCUUGGCGUCCGAGGUGGCGAAGGUGGAAAAUCAGGUAAGAAAUUGGAUUUUUACGAAGGAAAUUGAUGAAUUGUUGGUCAAAAAUAUUUUUUGGCGAGAAUCUACAGUGACGGACUCGAAUCAGUGGCAAAAAACGUACCGUUUUGCAUCCGGGAGGCAUCAAAAAUGUGGCAAAAUACCUCCCUCUCCAAGUGAAAAAAAAAACUUCGUUUUGAAGGGCCCUCACAAAAAGAGGGUCGCGCUUUUGAAAUCGGAGUUUUUCACUUGGAGAGGGAAGCAUUUUGUCACAUUUUUAAUACUUCCUGGAUGCAAAAUGGUACUUUUUUUGCCACUGGAUCAGGUCCCCACUGUAUCGUUGACGCGAAAGUCCGUUGACCCGAAAAGUCGUAGCGCCGAAAAAGGGCACCUAACUCUUUCGAAGAAGAAACUGGGCAUCUUCCAUGCUACCUUUACGCUCUGUAUGUGCCAAAGAGUUACGAAAAAUUUUUUUCAGGUUGAUCAACGCACCGAUAGUCUCCGAUCCGACUACGAAGUGCGUCUGGCCGAAUUACUCCCCAAACAUCAGUCCGAACUCCGUGCGGAAAUUGAAAAUUUCGCCAGAAGUAUCCGACAAGAACUCGCAAUUCAGCUAAAGUCCACAGAACGAACCGAAAAGUCGCUGGAAGUUCAGGCCUUGCACUCGGAAAUUGAGAAAUUGAAGAACGAUCUGUCCAAACGCUCAGAAGGCCUGGAAGAAGAUAUUUAUUCAAAGAUUUCAAAAAUCUUGCUCCAGCUGGACGAAAACCAGAACAAGAGACUGGAUGAGUACGCUGAGAGAUUGGAGAAGAAGUUGAAGAACGCGCAAGCAGACCCCAAUGAAGCUCUCGCUGCCCUUCAUGAACAGGUGGAGAAGUUCAAAAAGGAAAUUAAGGUGGGAGUUUUGAUUGACUACGAAAAAAAACAAGGUGAAUUUGGCAGGAAAUUGAGAUUUUUUGGCAAAAAAAAAGUUUUUUCAUCAUGAAAUUUCAUGAAUUUUACGAUUUUUUUAUAUUUCUUACACCUUUUUUAAAAUUUUUUCCCAAAAAAAUUCUUUGGCCAUCUCCUGACUUUUAACGCCAUUUUUUGCAAAAAAUAGUUUGCAUUUGAAAUUCUCACUUUUUCAAUUUCAGGUCAACAAGAAUGUGGAUGAGUCCCAAAUCGCCAAAAUUCUCGACGAGUUGAUGAAAAAUGAAAGAAAAGCCAUCCAAGCGGAGCUCACUGAGAUCGAAAAUCGCCUGGAAAAGAAGUCCACGCAAUCGGCGACCGUUGAGAAACAGCUCGACCAAAAGUUCGAACAGUUCAUGCACUCGAUCUUGGGAAGGGUCAACGAACAGAGCGCCCAAAUUGUCGAUGAAUUGAAUCGAUUAAGAAGGGAACAUCUGAAUGUGGUGGAGAAUUUGAGCACCAAAAAGAAUGUUUUGGCGGUAAGUUGGGGAGGGUGGGAAAAUUUUGCCUGAGGGGAUGGAGUAUAAAUUUCCGAAAGAUUGUUGUAAGAUACAGUCAUACAACGGGGACUGAUCCAGUUGCAAAAAACGUACCAUUUUGCAUCCGGGAAGGAUCAAAAAAUGUGGCAAAACGCUUCCCUAUCCAACUGAAAAAACUUCGUUUUGAAGGGCGCGCCCUUUCCCUCGCAAAAAGAGCGGGCGCGCUUUUGAAAUCGGAUUUUUUCACUUGGAGAGGGAACCAUUUUGCCACAUUUUUAAUACUUCCUGGAUGCAAAAUGGUACGUUUUUUGCCACUUGAGAUUUUUACAUUCAAAAUUUUGACACUGUUUUUAAGGUGGGAAUACAAUUUCUGUUUAAAAAGUAAAGUUUUUCAAGUAAAAAUCACAAAAUUCUUUGUUUUUUCUUUUUUGAAAAAUAAAACUUUCCAGGCCGACGAGCUCCGCCGCGAACACCAGCACUCCGAAGACCUGUACAUGUCCCGAGUGAAGGCCCUCAUCAAGGAAUACAUCGAGCGAUACGACGCCGACAAGACCGGAAUCCCCGACUAUGCGCUGGAGUCGUCGGGCGGCUCGAUCAUCGGCAUCGGAUGCACCCAACAGUACCAAGAGAAAUCCCGCCUCCAAUCCAUCUUCGGCUACCCCCUAUUCUACAGCAAUUACGGCCCCCGGACGGUGAUCCAACGCAAAGGCAACGGCGCCACAGCCGGCGUUUGCUGGGCCUAUGUGGGAGGGAAGGGACAGCUGAAGAUUAAACUGUCACAACCAAUCAAUGUCACCUCGGUUUCGUACGAACAUUUGCCGAUUACGUUGGCCCCGGAUGGACAAAUCAAAACUGCGCCGAAGGAAUUCAAUGUCUGGGUGGGUGGAGUGGGAAAUUGCAAUUUAUUUUGUGGGUUUAUGGGGGUCUGAAAAGAUUUUUUUUGGUUUCAAAAAUUAACAAAAAAUUAUCGACCGUUUUUUCGGUUUUCCAAGAAAAUCGACCAAAUUUUUUUGAUUAGCAGGAAAAUCGAUCGGUUCGGGUCGAAAAAAAUUGUAAAAAAUUAAAAAAAAAAAUUUUUUCAUGAAAUAAUCGACCAAUUUUUUCCCUCCAAAAAAUCGACCAAAUUUUGUGCUGAUUCCAAAAAAUAACCCACAAAGUUUUUUGCAACGAUUUAUUUUAUGUUGUUUUAGGUCUACAAGGACGAAGACAGCAAAGAAAAGCAUCUUCUUGGAGCAUACGUCUACGACGAACAUGGAGAAGCCCUUCAAAUGUUCCAAACACAAGUAUGAUUUAUCGAAUUUUUUGUAAAAAAAUUUUUUCGAAAACUGGAUUUUUUUUUUAAUUUUAAAAAUUUUCUGAUUCUUUUUUUUCAGUUCCCGGUCGAGGAGUACCUAACCCAAGUGAUCGAACUGGAAACGGAAUCCAAUUACGGCGCCCACGUCACUUGCCUCUAUCGUUUCCGCGUGCACGGGCGCCCACAGCAGCCCUAAAAUAAUUUAUAAUCUGUUAAUACCCCCUUUGUUUUCAAUUUUUUUUGUUAGUUUUGUUUAGCUAAUCUCACUUUUUUCGAUGUAAAUCGGUAAAUUAUUUUGUUUUUUUUCGAUGUUUCGUCUUUUCCUGCCCGCAGUUUUAAAUUCCCCAUAAAAUUUUCGCACGAAACUGCCUAAAAAGUAAUUUAUUUGUAGCGGAAAUUGUUGUUUUAGGUCUGUUUUUUUUUUGAAUAGCGUGCAUUUGAAAAUAUUCUGAAGAUCUUUUUUUUACGAGUUUUAUUUGUUUGUUUCAUCACAUAAAUGAUUAAAAAAGAUUUUUUUUGUUUUUUUAUGGGAAGAACCCCCUUAAAACCACGUGGCGACUGGAAGUCACGCUUUGCGAAGUCUGAUGAAAACAUUUUGUCAUGCAUUUGACUUCCGAUAUAAGUUGAUUCGACUUGUUUUUGAGCAUCAGUUACUGAAGGAAGGUUCAUUUGACAGCCGAAUUUCUCGAGCUGUAAGGCGUUGGUUGUCUUGAAAUUUUGCUUGAAUUCUUUGAAUAGGCUAGUUUUUAAUCGCUGAAAAAUUCAGCUUUUGAUAUUCUAAGACAGCUGAGAUAUUAAAAAAAUUGCGCGAGAGACGAGAGACAAUGGAAAAAUGUGGAGCGGGUUAGAGAAAAAAUUUUUGGGACUGGGACGAUUGGGGAAAACGAAAAGUAUUAUUUUUGUUCGAUGCAAAUGUCGAAGUUAGGAUAAUCGAGGGUGCUGAUUUCGAAAAUGACAUUCAUUUUUUUUGAUUGUUGCUUUUUCCUUAAGCAGUAAAGUAGUAUUUUUUAAGAUUUUUUUUCAUAAAUACUCGAUUUAGGGGUUUUCGAUGUUGCUGAAAUUUGGUCUUUAUGCGUGCGUUGGUGGUGUUGUUCUGGUGCCUAGUACAGCUAUUUUCUCCUCGUACUACAUAACAUCAGAUAGUACUAUAUAGUACUAGAGGAAAAGUUAACAUGAUUUUCAAAAUCAGCAUCAUCGAAAACCCCUAAAUCGAGUGUAUACAAAAAAAAUUUAAAAAGUACUACUUUACUACUGAAGGGAAAAAGUAACAAUCAAAAAAAAUGAAUGUCAUUUUCAAAGUCAGCACCAUCGAUUUUCCUAAUUUCGACAUUUUCAUCGAAGAAAAAUAAUACUUUUCAAUUUCCCCAAUCGUCCAACUCCGAAAUUUUUUUAGCCGUUUCAACGUAAAAAUUCCGGAUAUUUCUUCAAAACAAACUUGAAAUCAAGUACUAGGCGGGGCAAAAAGUCUUGACAUGUUUUCGCACCGUGCGGGAGCAUGAAUUCGGUGUCGCGACGAGGUGUCGCGCGAUAAAACCUUUGGCGGGGUGCGAAUGAAGAACGCACUGUGCGUUGUUUACCCUUUUCAAAACAAUCUUUUUGCACUGUGCGGGGUCGCAGCGCACCGUGAAUUUUUCUUAUCGCAGCGCGACAAAUUUCAUGCACGACGGCGCACUGUGCAAAAAUGUCAAGACUUUUUGGCCCGCCUAGUAUUGAAAAUUUCUAGUCUCAAUUUUUGGUGUUUUUCUCACAAGGAAAGUACUUCUAUGGGGUGUGGAAUUACCGGUCGAGAUAUCGGUCUGUCGGGAAAAAAACGGCGGAUCGUCGCGCCUCCGAAUCGCCCAUCAUCGCUUUGCGACUGCAGGCCGCGACUUGGGAUUUGGUGCGCGAUAGCGGCGAGGCGAGACAUUUUGCUGCGGCGAUCCGCCGUUAUUUUUCCGACAGACUGAUGUAUGUGCCAAAGAGUUACGAAAAAUUUUUUUCAGGUUGAUCAACGCACCGAUAGUCUCCGAUCCGACUACGAAGUGCGUCUGGCCGAAUUACUCCCCAAACAUCAGUCCGAACUCCGUGCGGAAAUUGAAAAUUUCGCCAGAAGUAUCCGACAAGAACUCGCAAUUCAGCUAAAGUCCACAGAACGAACCGAAAAGUCGCUGGAAGUUCAGGCCUUGCACUCGGAAAUUGAGAAAUUGAAGAACGAUCUGUCCAAACGCUCAGAAGGCCUGGAAGAAGAUAUUUAUUCAAAGAUUUCAAAAAUCUUGCUCCAGCUGGACGAAAACCAGAACAAGAGACUGGAUGAGUACGCUGAGAGAUUGGAGAAGAAGUUGAAGAACGCGCAAGCAGACCCCAAUGAAGCUCUCGCUGCCCUUCAUGAACAGGUGGAGAAGUUCAAAAAGGAAAUUAAGGUGGGAGUUUUGAUUGACUACGAAAAAAAACAAGGUGAAUUUGGCAGGAAAUUGAGAUUUUUUGGCAAAAAAAAAGUUUUUUCAUCAUGAAAUUUCAUGAAUUUUACGAUUUUUUUAUAUUUCUUACACCUUUUUUAAAAUUUUUUCCCAAAAAAAUUCUUUGGCCAUCUCCUGACUUUUAACGCCAUUUUUUGCAAAAAAUAGUUUGCAUUUGAAAUUCUCACUUUUUCAAUUUCAGGUCAACAAGAAUGUGGAUGAGUCCCAAAUCGCCAAAAUUCUCGACGAGUUGAUGAAAAAUGAAAGAAAAGCCAUCCAAGCGGAGCUCACUGAGAUCGAAAAUCGCCUGGAAAAGAAGUCCACGCAAUCGGCGACCGUUGAGAAACAGCUCGACCAAAAGUUCGAACAGUUCAUGCACUCGAUCUUGGGAAGGGUCAACGAACAGAGCGCCCAAAUUGUCGAUGAAUUGAAUCGAUUAAGAAGGGAACAUCUGAAUGUGGUGGAGAAUUUGAGCACCAAAAAGAAUGUUUUGGCGGUAAGUUGGGGAGGGUGGGAAAAUUUUGCCUGAGGGGAUGGAGUAUAAAUUUCCGAAAGAUUGUUGUAAGAUACAGUCAUACAACGGGGACUGAUCCAGUUGCAAAAAACGUACCAUUUUGCAUCCGGGAAGGAUCAAAAAAUGUGGCAAAACGCUUCCCUAUCCAACUGAAAAAACUUCGUUUUGAAGGGCGCGCCCUUUCCCUCGCAAAAAGAGCGGGCGCGCUUUUGAAAUCGGAUUUUUUCACUUGGAGAGGGAACCAUUUUGCCACAUUUUUAAUACUUCCUGGAUGCAAAAUGGUACGUUUUUUGCCACUUGAGAUUUUUACAUUCAAAAUUUUGACACUGUUUUUAAGGUGGGAAUACAAUUUCUGUUUAAAAAGUAAAGUUUUUCAAGUAAAAAUCACAAAAUUCUUUGUUUUUUCUUUUUUGAAAAAUAAAACUUUCCAGGCCGACGAGCUCCGCCGCGAACACCAGCACUCCGAAGACCUGUACAUGUCCCGAGUGAAGGCCCUCAUCAAGGAAUACAUCGAGCGAUACGACGCCGACAAGACCGGAAUCCCCGACUAUGCGCUGGAGUCGUCGGGCGGCUCGAUCAUCGGCAUCGGAUGCACCCAACAGUACCAAGAGAAAUCCCGCCUCCAAUCCAUCUUCGGCUACCCCCUAUUCUACAGCAAUUACGGCCCCCGGACGGUGAUCCAACGCAAAGGCAACGGCGCCACAGCCGGCGUUUGCUGGGCCUAUGUGGGAGGGAAGGGACAGCUGAAGAUUAAACUGUCACAACCAAUCAAUGUCACCUCGGUUUCGUACGAACAUUUGCCGAUUACGUUGGCCCCGGAUGGACAAAUCAAAACUGCGCCGAAGGAAUUCAAUGUCUGGGUGGGUGGAGUGGGAAAUUGCAAUUUAUUUUGUGGGUUUAUGGGGGUCUGAAAAGAUUUUUUUGGUUUCAAAAAUUAACAAAAAAUUAUCGACCGUUUUUUCGGUUUUCCAAGAAAAUCGACCAAAUUUUUUUGAUUAGCAGGAAAAUCGAUCGGUUCGGGUCGAAAAAAAAUUGUAAAAAAUUAAAAAAAAAAAUUUUUUCAUGAAAUAAUCGACCAAUUUUUUCCCUCCAAAAAAUCGACCAAAUUUUGUGCUGAUUCCAAAAAAUAACCCACAAAGUUUUUUGCAACGAUUUAUUUUAUGUUGUUUUAGGUCUACAAGGACGAAGACAGCAAAGAAAAGCAUCUUCUUGGAGCAUACGUCUACGACGAACAUGGAGAAGCCCUUCAAAUGUUCCAAACACAAGUAUGAUUUAUCGAAUUUUUUGUAAAAAAAUUUUUUCGAAAACUGGAUUUUUUUUUAAUUUUAAAAAUUUUCUGAUUCUUUUUUUUCAGUUCCCGGUCGAGGAGUACCUAACCCAAGUGAUCGAACUGGAAACGGAAUCCAAUUACGGCGCCCACGUCACUUGCCUCUAUCGUUUCCGCGUGCACGGGCGCCCACAGCAGCCCUAAAAUAAUUUAUAAUCUGUUAAUACCCCCUUUGUUUUCAAUUUUUUUUGUUAGUUUUGUUUAGCUAAUCUCACUUUUUUCGAUGUAAAUCGGUAAAUUAUUUUGUUUUUUUUCGAUGUUUCGUCUUUUCCUGCCCGCAGUUUUAAAUUCCCCAUAAAAUUUUCGCACGAAACUGCCUAAAAAGUAAUUUAUUUGUAGCGGAAAUUGUUGUUUUAGGUCUGUUUUUUUUUUGAAUAGCGUGCAUUUGAAAAUAUUCUGAAGAUCUUUUUUUUACGAGUUUUAUUUGUUUGUUUCAUCACAUAAAUGAUUAAAAAAGAUUUUUUUUGUUUUUUUAUGGGAAGAACCCCCUUAAAACCACGUGGCGACUGGAAGUCACGCUUUGCGAAGUCUGAUGAAAACAUUUUGUCAUGCAUUUGACUUCCGAUAUAAGUUGAUUCGACUUGUUUUUGAGCAUCAGUUACUGAAGGAAGGUUCAUUUGACAGCCGAAUUUCUCGAGCUGUAAGGCGUUGGUUGUCUUGAAAUUUUGCUUGAAUUCUUUGAAUAGGCUAGUUUUUAAUCGCUGAAAAAUUCAGCUUUUGAUAUUCUAAGACAGCUGAGAUAUUAAAAAAAUUGCGCGAGAGACGAGAGACAAUGGAAAAAUGUGGAGCGGGUUAGAGAAAAAAUUUUUGGGACUGGGACGAUUGGGGAAAACGAAAAGUAUUAUUUUUGUUCGAUGCAAAUGUCGAAGUUAGGAUAAUCGAGGGUGCUGAUUUCGAAAAUGACAUUCAUUUUUUUUGAUUGUUGCUUUUUCCUUAAGCAGUAAAGUAGUAUUUUUUAAGAUUUUUUUUCAUAAAUACUCGAUUUAGGGGUUUUCGAUGUUGCUGAAAUUUGGUCUUUAUGCGUGCGUUGGUGGUGUUGUUCUGGUGCCUAGUACAGCUAUUUUCUCCUCGUACUACAUAACAUCAGAUAGUACUAUAUAGUACUAGAGGAAAAGUUAACAUGAUUUUCAAAAUCAGCAUCAUCGAAAACCCCUAAAUCGAGUGUAUACAAAAAAAAUUUAAAAAGUACUACUUUACUACUGAAGGGAAAAAGUAACAAUCAAAAAAAAUGAAUGUCAUUUUCAAAGUCAGCACCAUCGAUUUUCCUAAUUUCGACAUUUUCAUCGAAGAAAAAUAAUACUUUUCAAUUUCCCCAAUCGUCCAACUCCGAAAUUUUUUUAGCCGUUUCAACGUAAAAAUUCCGGAUAUUUCUUCAAAACAAACUUGAAAUCAAGUACUAGGCGGGGCAAAAAGUCUUGACAUGUUUUCGCACCGUGCGGGAGCAUGAAUUCGGUGUCGCGACGAGGUGUCGCGCGAUAAAACCUUUGGCGGGGUGCGAAUGAAGAACGCACUGUGCGUUGUUUACCCUUUUCAAAACAAUCUUUUUGCACUGUGCGGGGUCGCAGCGCACCGUGAAUUUUUCUUAUCGCAGCGCGACAAAUUUCAUGCACGACGGCGCACUGUGCAAAAAUGUCAAGACUUUUUGGCCCGCCUAGUAUUGAAAAUUUCUAGUCUCAAUUUUUGGUGUUUUUCUCACAAGGAAAGUACUUCUAUGGGGUGUGGAAUUACCGGUCGAGAUAUCGGUCUGUCGGGAAAAAAACGGCGGAUCGUCGCGCCUCCGAAUCGCCCAUCAUCGCUUUGCGACUGCAGGCCGCGACUUGGGAUUUGGUGCGCGAUAGCGGCGAGGCGAGACAUUUUGCUGCGGCGAUCCGCCGUUAUUUUUCCGACAGACUGAUGUAUGUGCCAAAGAGUUACGAAAAAUUUUUUUCAGGUUGAUCAACGCACCGAUAGUCUCCGAUCCGACUACGAAGUGCGUCUGGCCGAAUUACUCCCCAAACAUCAGUCCGAACUCCGUGCGGAAAUUGAAAAUUUCGCCAGAAGUAUCCGACAAGAACUCGCAAUUCAGCUAAAGUCCACAGAACGAACCGAAAAGUCGCUGGAAGUUCAGGCCUUGCACUCGGAAAUUGAGAAAUUGAAGAACGAUCUGUCCAAACGCUCAGAAGGCCUGGAAGAAGAUAUUUAUUCAAAGAUUUCAAAAAUCUUGCUCCAGCUGGACGAAAACCAGAACAAGAGACUGGAUGAGUACGCUGAGAGAUUGGAGAAGAAGUUGAAGAACGCGCAAGCAGACCCCAAUGAAGCUCUCGCUGCCCUUCAUGAACAGGUGGAGAAGUUCAAAAAGGAAAUUAAGGUGGGAGUUUUGAUUGACUACGAAAAAAACAAGGUGAAUUUGGCAGGAAAUUGAGAUUUUUUGGCAAAAAAAAAGUUUUUUCAUCAUGAAAUUUCAUGAAUUUUACGAUUUUUUUAUAUUUCUUACACCUUUUUUAAAAUUUUUUCCCAAAAAAAUUCUUUGGCCAUCUCCUGACUUUUAACGCCAUUUUUUGCAAAAAAUAGUUUGCAUUUGAAAUUCUCACUUUUUCAAUUUCAGGUCAACAAGAAUGUGGAUGAGUCCCAAAUCGCCAAAAUUCUCGACGAGUUGAUGAAAAAUGAAAGAAAAGCCAUCCAAGCGGAGCUCACUGAGAUCGAAAAUCGCCUGGAAAAGAAGUCCACGCAAUCGGCGACCGUUGAGAAACAGCUCGACCAAAAGUUCGAACAGUUCAUGCACUCGAUCUUGGGAAGGGUCAACGAACAGAGCGCCCAAAUUGUCGAUGAAUUGAAUCGAUUAAGAAGGGAACAUCUGAAUGUGGUGGAGAAUUUGAGCACCAAAAAGAAUGUUUUGGCGGUAAGUUGGGGAGGGUGGGAAAAUUUUGCCUGAGGGGAUGGAGUAUAAAUUUCCGAAAGAUUGUUGUAAGAUACAGUCAUACAACGGGGACUGAUCCAGUUGCAAAAAACGUACCAUUUUGCAUCCGGGAAGGAUCAAAAAAUGUGGCAAAACGCUUCCCUAUCCAACUGAAAAAACUUCGUUUUGAAGGGCGCGCCCUUUCCCUCGCAAAAAGAGCGGGCGCGCUUUUGAAAUCGGAUUUUUCACUUGGAGAGGGAACCAUUUUGCCACAUUUUUAAUACUUCCUGGAUGCAAAAUGGUACGUUUUUUGCCACUUGAGAUUUUUACAUUCAAAAUUUUGACACUGUUUUUAAGGUGGGAAUACAAUUUCUGUUUAAAAAGUAAAGUUUUUCAAGUAAAAAUCACAAAAUUCUUUGUUUUUUCUUUUUUGAAAAAUAAAACUUUCCAGGCCGACGAGCUCCGCCGCGAACACCAGCACUCCGAAGACCUGUACAUGUCCCGAGUGAAGGCCCUCAUCAAGGAAUACAUCGAGCGAUACGACGCCGACAAGACCGGAAUCCCCGACUAUGCGCUGGAGUCGUCGGGCGGCUCGAUCAUCGGCAUCGGAUGCACCCAACAGUACCAAGAGAAAUCCCGCCUCCAAUCCAUCUUCGGCUACCCCCUAUUCUACAGCAAUUACGGCCCCCGGACGGUGAUCCAACGCAAAGGCAACGGCGCCACAGCCGGCGUUUGCUGGGCCUAUGUGGGAGGGAAGGGACAGCUGAAGAUUAAACUGUCACAACCAAUCAAUGUCACCUCGGUUUCGUACGAACAUUUGCCGAUUACGUUGGCCCCGGAUGGACAAAUCAAAACUGCGCCGAAGGAAUUCAAUGUCUGGGUGGGUGGAGUGGGAAAUUGCAAUUUAUUUUGUGGGUUUAUGGGGGUCUGAAAAGAUUUUUUUUGGUUUCAAAAAUUAACAAAAAAUUAUCGACCGUUUUUUCGGUUUUCCAAGAAAAUCGACCAAAUUUUUUUGAUUAGCAGGAAAAUCGAUCGGUUCGGGUCGAAAAAAAAUUGUAAAAAAUUAAAAAAAAAAAUUUUUUCAUGAAAUAAUCGACCAAUUUUUUCCCUCCAAAAAAUCGACCAAAUUUUGUGCUGAUUCCAAAAAAUAACCCACAAAGUUUUUUGCAACGAUUUAUUUUAUGUUGUUUUAGGUCUACAAGGACGAAGACAGCAAAGAAAAGCAUCUUCUUGGAGCAUACGUCUACGACGAACAUGGAGAAGCCCUUCAAAUGUUCCAAACACAAGUAUGAUUUAUCGAAUUUUUUGUAAAAAAAUUUUUUCGAAAACUGGAUUUUUUUUUUAAUUUUAAAAAUUUUCUGAUUCUUUUUUUUCAGUUCCCGGUCGAGGAGUACCUAACCCAAGUGAUCGAACUGGAAACGGAAUCCAAUUACGGCGCCCACGUCACUUGCCUCUAUCGUUUCCGCGUGCACGGGCGCCCACAGCAGCCCUAA